UUUGAGCCGAAUGCGAUGAUUGGCUAUUCAGCUUCUUGCGUAGAGAUUGACACCGGAUGUAAAACAUCCACCGUACAAUUAUCACGAAAGAUCUACCAUAAGACAGUUGUGACCCACCCAUAGUUGGGAUAAUGUCUGAUCGAGGUGGACAUGGUCGUGAGCCGGCCGGAUUGGAUGGUCUGCCGCCGCUGCACAGUGUUGCCAAAGGAGAGGUGGUCUCUGUGCAAAACUAUGGAGCCUUUGUCCGACUGCCAGGUUACAAAAAAGAAGGUUUGGUUCAUGUCAGUGAGAUGUCUGCCUCCAGAGUUGAAAAUGCCUCUGAGAUUGUGGAUGUUGGCGAACAUGUGUGGAUCAAAGUCAUUGGGCGCGAGAUUCAAGGUGACAAGGUGAAGCUGUCCUUCUCCAUGAAGGCUGUAAAUCAGGGAACAGGACAAGACUUGGACCCCAACAAUGUUAUGGCAGAUCAGGAUGCGAGGCGCAGGAAGCAGUUCAGAGAUCACACGAGUAACAGGAUCACUCUGGAGGCUGUACUCAACACGACGUGUUCAAAGUGUGGCUGCAAAGGUCACUUUACAAAGGACUGUUUCUCAGCUCCGGGCUUGCAGUACGCUCUUGUGCCUGAAGAGGACGAUGAAGAGGCACAGCAGCAGCAGGCAGCCACUAACAGGCCACCGCAGGACUCAGACAAAAAGAAGAAAAAGAAGGAAAAGAAAAUGAAGAAGAAGAAGAAGAGGGAGAGAAAGGAGUCAGACAGCGACAGCAGCAGUGAGUGUAAAACGAAGAGGAGGCGUCAUAGCAACAGUCUCGACAGGCAGGAGAAGAAAAAGAAGAAGCACAAGAAACAGAAAUCACACAAGCACAGCUGAGGCAGCCGGAAAGCUACACACACACACACACACACACCCACCCACACACACACACACACACACGCACAUGCCUCCAGUCUGUCACGCCACCACUAUCACACAUGCACAUGUUGACAAAACAAAGCGAUAGGCUUGCGGUCUCUUAUCUCAUCAUUAUUCCUUAUAAACCAUAAGCUAACUAUGGAAAAUACAGUCGUAAUUUAGCAGUGUUUUUUUUGUUUUUAUUGGUAAUAUAUUUCCUGUGAAAGCUCAAAGGAAAAUACUGUUUUGAACAAAAGGUCAUGUGACCAUCCCCGUCUGGCCUGGAGUAACCUCUGACGCCCACAGCGAUUCGAGUCUUCGCCUCUUGUGUAAUCAAAUAUGUGUAAAUUAUAUGGCAGCGGGAGACAUCCACCUUUUUUUGAAAUGCAGAUAUUAUUUACAGCUAUCUGGUUUCAGGUGGAAAUCAAUUAACGAGACAUUGGGGGGGUAAAGUUGACAGACACACACACGCACUCACAAACACUAACAGGAAAUGUAAUACCGCAUGAGUGAACACAACAGAACCCUCAUAUUAUGGUGACAUUCAGAUUUACGUUUAUGUUUUCAUGUUGUUGUAGAUGCAUGUGUUUAUGUGUGUAUUCCCACAACCCGCUUCCUGACCUGCUGACUCCAUUAAAUCUGUUUUCACCUGUAAAGACGACAAA